UUCCCUAACGUAUCCCGGACCACAAACUUAUUAAACUCCGAGACGUCAUCUCUUGGGUUCUGGUCCUCCUCUCUUCUGCAGGCCUUAGGGCCAGCCAUGCAGGCAGGAAGAGAUGAGGUCUGGAACUCUGACCAUCUCCCUCCGACAUGGCAUGGGGUAAUCAGUUAGUUGUUUGUUCACAGUCCUGUCAAAUGUCGGUAAGCUACCCAUAUAUGGUAAAGGGGUUCAAGGAAAGGAGAUGCUUGAAUCCCUCCAGUCUGGUAAGGAUACGAGUGACAAGAGUGAUGGCCCAUGACACAAGCAACAACCACUCCACUCCAACAAGUCAUUGCUCAAAACACAUGAGAGACAACGUACGCGCAGCCAACCUCGGGUUCGGAAUGGCAUUCCCCACCCCCUGCCGGGACGGGACCAUUGUCUCAUUUCUGCACAGUGCACACGGUACGGUACCUGUUCCUGUACCCUACAUAGGCUACAAACCAACCAGCCCAACAACAAAACUGCCGGAAGGGAAAGUUCUAAAAAUUACUUUAUUUUUCUUUCCUUUCCGUAACCGCAUUUUUUUCUGUGCAAGGGAUACUAACAUGUCGAUCGUUGCCCGAACGCCCCUGGUUAGCAGCAACAGAUUGCGGAGAUAUACCUCAAAAGAGAACAGAAUUCGUCACGUUCGCAAAAAUCACAAUCCUAAACGCCACUCCAUGAAGGUAAAGCGACGAUAGGGAACGAACGUUCAUUUGGACGCUGAAACAAGAUUUCUGGGGGGUUUAUGAGUCGCGGAACAUGUGCUGUGGAUUGGAGAUUGGUGUUAUUCCCGGAUCAGCGACCAUUGGUAGGGCCAGUGUUGAUGUGAUGUUUGUGAGGUCUUGACUCUGAGCGAUGAUCAUGGACUGAGCACCUGGAGAUUUGGGUUUCAGCCCAUCAGCGUCAAUUCACAUUUGACUAUCAUGUUACCGCAUUUGCCAAUUCAAG